AUGGCUGCUUCUCGAUCUACUCGUGUUACAAGAUCUACAGUGGGUUUAAAUGGUUUGGAUGAAAAUUUUUGUGGUAGAACAUUAAGAAACCGUAGUAUUGCUCAUCCAGAGGAAGUUUCACCCCAUCCUCAGAUACGAUCAAGGUCACCAAAGAAGAGGCCAGAGUCUGUGCAAACUCAGAAGGGAAGUAACGGUGGAAGAACUACUGAUUUGAAACAGCAGAGUGCUCGGGAAUCAUGGGUGAGCCCUAGAAAGAGAGGGCUGUCUACUUCAGAAAAAGAUAAUGUUGAUAAACAAACUGUGGAAAAUUGUGAAAAAAAACAAGCAGAACCUGUCUCACCAGUUUUGAAAAGAAUUAAGCGCUGUCUACGUUCAGAGGCACCGAACAGUUCAGAAGAAGACUUGCCUACUAAAACAGAGAAGGAAUCAUUGGAGCAUAAAAGCUUAGUGUCGGACAAUGAUGCAGUCUCCACAGGGACUAAGCGAGCUUGUCGAUGUCUUAUAUUGGAUGAUUGUGACAAAAGGGAAGUUAAAAAGGUGAAUGUUUGUGCAGAAGGAUUUAAUAAUUCUGCAAUAGUUGAUGAAAUUGCAGGCUAUCAGACUGUCAAUGGAGUUGGUGAGAGAGACUCAAAUUCUCUUAACUGUGAUGACUGUCAGCUUGAUGGGAACACUAAGCAAAACAGUGCUGGUUCCUGUAUGCCCAAGGACAAAACAGUAGCAGAAAACGGAAACUCAUUUGCCCAUUCUUCAUUGUUGCUUAAUAGCAGCAAGGAGGACAGUGUUGUAGACCAUUAUGUGCCUUGCACAAACUCUCAAGAACAGGUAAAGUUAGAGGACCACAAAAUAAUAAAUGACUGCUUGCCUGAGGAGCAUGCUAAUCAGGCAGAUGAGCCAGCUACAGGGUCCUUUUCUGAAAUCCAGUCAUCUUUGUUAAGGGAUUCAGAGGAGGAGGUAGACGUUGUAGGAGAUAGUAGUGCCUCUAAGGAACAGUGUGCUGAAAACACCAGUAGCAGCCUGAAUGCUCAUCAUGACAGUGCAUCAAUCUCAGGUGAACCUGAACCACAUUCAUCAGUGCUGGACUGUGUUUCAACUCAAAUGACAUCUAUGUCGGAACUUCAAGAACACAGAUAUACAUUGAGAACUUCACCACGAAGGGCUGCCCCUGCCAGAAGUAGCCCUACUAAAAAUAACUCUCCUUGUAGAGAAAACGGACAGGUUGAGGAAAAUAAUCUUAGUCCCGUUGAAAAGAAUGUACCUGUAGGUAUUAAUAAUAUCAAUGGAUCUCCCAAAAAGUCUGAAGAAAUUAAACAGGAUGAAAAAGAGAGAAAUUGUAAUACAGGAGAUCGUGGGAGUGAUGGACUAAGAAAGCCACUUUCUGAGGCUAGGCUUGUUGCUGGAUAUGUACCAUCUGCCAAAGAAAGUGCCAACAUCCACACUGCAGAGGAUGAUGAGGAAGAGCCUGAUGUAUAUUACUUUGAAUCAGAUCAUGUGGCAUUGAAACACAACAAAGAUUAUCAGAGACUGUUACAGACGAUUGCUGUACUCGAGGCUCAACGUACUCAAGCAGUUCAAGACCUUGAAAGUUUAGGCAGACACCAGAGAGAAGCACUGAAAGAUCCUAUUGGAUUUGUGGAAAGACUCCAGAAGAAGGUAUUUCAAUCCCUUCCAUAUCCUCAGAGAGUUGUUCAGCUCCCUGAGAUUGCCUGGGACCAAUACACCACUAGCCUUGGAAACUUUGAGAGAGAAUUCAAAAACCGAAAACGUAACAGUAGGAGAGUGAAGCUCAUUUUUGAUAAAGUAGGUAUACCUGCAAGACCAAAAAGUCCUUUGGAUCCCAAGAAGGACGGAGAGUCUAUUUCAUACUCUGUCUUGCCUUUAAGUGAUGGUCCAGAAGGUUCUACAAACAGUCGUCCACAGAUGAUAAGAGGGCGACUUUGUGACGAGACCAAACCUGAAACUUUUAACCAGCUGUGGACUGUAGAGGAACAGAAAAAACUUGAGCAAUUGCUUUUGAAGUAUCCACCAGAAGAAGUAGAGUCCCGACGGUGGCAGAAGAUAGCUGAUGAACUGGGGAAUAGAACAGCAAAGCAGGUUGCCAGUAGAGUGCAAAAGUAUUUUAUUAAACUUACUAAAGCUGGCAUUCCGGUUCCGGGAAGAACUCCGAACUUAUAUUUAUACUCCAAAAAGUCAUCAAGUAGACGGCAGCAUCCUUUAAAUAAACAUCUUUUCAAACCUUCGACUUUCAUGACAUCUCAUGAACCUCCAGUUUAUAUGGAUGAAGAUGAUGACAGAUCCAGUUUUCACAGCCAUAUGGAUACUGCAGCAGAAGAGGAAGUAUCGGAUGAAGAGAGUAUUCCAAUAACAUAUCGAGAGUUACCUGAAUACAAAGAACUGUUAGAGUUUAAAAAAUUGAAGAAACAGAAACUCCAGCAGAUGCAUGCAGAAAGUGGAUUUGUGCAGCAUGUGGGAUUCAAG